GCCGCUCCGGAGUCACAUGUUGGCAGAGUGACACACCUGUGUGGAGUCGCAGGUGCCUCGCAGUUGCGCCAGAGGAAGGCAGAGCUGAAGGUCCACUGAGGCAGGCGCAGCUGGGAAUCGGACCCGCGGUCUCGGGUCCUCGCGCCACCAUGAACCGGGAAGAUCACUAUUUUCCCACUCAGGUUUUUAAGGAGUCGUGCGCCUACCAGAGAUCGCAAGGUGAUGACUACAGCCAGAGCCCGCCGCCCUGCCUCUACAUGAGCAGGCAGGUGCACUCCGUCUACACGCCGCCCUCCAUGGGCGCCCUGGAGCCGGCCGGCCUGCCCGACAUCGCCCCAGCCUACAGUCUGUACAGCAUGCGGGAGGACCCGGGUGUGCCUCAGCUGCACCACCCGCAGGGGCUCCAGCAGCAGCCCCUCCAGCCUGCAGGGUACGGGGACGCGGGCGAUCAGAGCAGAUACCACCUCCCAUUCCCCUGGAUGAAAACCACCAAAUCCCACGCGCACACCUGGAAAGGCUCCUGGGCAGGGCCGUACGUGAUGGCGGAGACGGAGGAAAACAAACGCACGAGGACAGCCUACACGCGCGCCCAGCUGCUGGAGCUGGAGAAGGAGUUCCUGUUCAACAGAUACAUCUCGAGGCCGCGGCGCGUGGAGCUGGCGCUGACCCUGAGCCUCACCGAGAGACACAUCAAGAUCUGGUUCCAGAACCGGCGCAUGAAGUGGAAGAAGGAGGAGGACCGGAGGAGGGCCAGGGGGGCCGACCCGGACCAGGACUCCUCCAUCACCUCCGGGGACCAGGGGGAGGCGGUGGGAGGGGUCUCCUCCACGAACGGACCUCUCAGCAGCACGCCCCCCGUUUCCCCGCCGCACGGGCGCGCGCUCACGGCCCCCGGGUCCAGAGAGCCCGCAUAGCCUGGUUUGGUUGGGUCGGUAGUUUUAUGCC